ACAAUUUAAAGCGAUAAGAAUUAAUAGCCGAUGUUAUUUAUAUCGUUUAAAACUCUAUUAUAUUCUUUAUGUUUUUUCCGUACUUUAAUGGCAAACUAUAGUAGUGUAUCUUUUACUAACUUAAAAGAUAAGAUGGUUAAUUUUGAAAAGGCUGUAGCUUACCCAUACAUUGGUUGUAUGAGUACACCUAAUAAUGUUAUUAGUAAUGAACCACAAAUGGCCAUGGCUAAUACCGUUGGCCAGGUUCCACCAAACAUGCAAUACUCUCCUCAUAUGACACAAUCUUUACAAAUGGCAGAAUCACCCCCACAGAUAGCGUUAAACUGUAUUACACAUCAUACAUCCAAUAGACCACCAUCUUAUAUCUGUGGAAGUUAUGAUGUGAAUCAAUCAUCUAGACCAAAGUUCAAAUCAUACAGGUAUAAAAAAAGGUCUCCAGAAAAAAAAGAAAUAGACUAUGUAGCAAAACUAUCUGAACUAAAGUUAGAUGAAGAAAAAUCCCCAGUUGCUAAACUAAAUGAGAUUAUGGCAUUAAAAAAAAUGACUGUGGAGUAUACUUUAGUGUCUAUGUCUGGUUUAGUGCAUAAUCCUGUUUUUACUUAUCGUGUUAAAGGAUGUGACAUUAUUGUUUAUGGUAGUGGAAAGUCUAAAAAAGAAGCAAAACAAAAUGCAGCUGUUGAAUUUUUAGAAAAGGUUGAUUCCAUUAACAAUCAACUAUCAGAUUCUUCAUCUAAUAGAACUAUAACAUCAACUACACACAAUCGUCUUUCUAAUAUAACUAUUGAAGAUGCCCCAAAAAAUAUUUUGGAAACUAAGUCUGAUAUAAAUCCUAUUGGAGUACUUCAAGAGUUAUGUAUGGCUAGAAGAUGGCAACUUCCUGAAUAUGAUUUUCCAUCUGAUGAUUCAGGGGAACCACAUAAUCGAUGGUAUAGAGUAACAUGUUCAAUUUUGAAGUAUAAAACUCAAGGAGAAGGAAAAACAAAACAAGGAGCAAAACGACAGGCAGCACGUCUGAUGUAUGAUCAGGUAAGACUGAUGUAUGAUCAAGUAAAAAAUUUGUCACAAGAAGAAAUUGCUGCCCUUUGCUACAAUGAGCCUCCUCAAUCAACUAAUGGUUCACCCCAAAGUAGUGAGGCAGAUGACCAUAAAAAGAAACCUGCACAGUUCAUUUCAACUGAUGCUUUAAAACAAGUUGAAACAUUCUUUAAUCAAUUAAAAAAAUCUGAGAAAUCUCAUUUGAGUUCUUUAAAUAAUUUAGAAUCGUUAAAUGACUUGAAUACAGGAGCUGUUGAAUUAUUGGAUAAAAUUGGAGAAGAAGAAGGUUUUCAUGCGUCAUAUGUUAUGUUGUCAAAAAAAACUGAUAAAGUUGGCAUUAUGGUACAAGUUUCUAUUAAUCCAGUAAUGGUGUAUGUUGGUUCUGGUAGAUCUAUAAAAGAAGCCCAAGAAGCAGCUGCCUUUGCAGCUUUAGUAUAUUUUAAACUUAUGUUAGAGAAAUAAACUAUCAACCCAACCCUUUAUUAAGAAAUUCUACUAUGAUUAUACUUAUAGUAUACUUUGUUUUUGAAAUUUUAUUUUGUCUGAAAUAAUGUAAUACUGGUAUGCUUAACAGUUAAUAUAAUUAAAUUAUAGAAUUGUCUAACAAUUAUUUUGUAGUUAUUAAACUAUAAUUUCAGAUAUUGAGUGAAUUACUAAUUUAUUUAUCUUUUUUUCUUGUAUUAAUAUUUUGCAAUAGUGAAACAAAACUGUUUAUUUGUCUA